GUUUAAAAGCUCUCGUUCUCCAUUUCUUUCGUAGUUUCAGCGUAAGUCGAGCGUAAGCGGGCAGAAACCCUAGCACUAACCGUCGUCUUCAUCGGACCAAAAUGGCCUCAGGUCUUAGCAAUGGCACCAGGUUCUUCAAAGGCUGCAGAACUCUCUUAGAUUCUCUCAAAUCCACCACUCAAGCUUACUCUUCUACUCCUGGGGUCUCUUCCAAGAGUACCCUAAAACCCUCAACUGCUGCCGUUUCGGGCCAAAAGUCGAAACCCGCACCAAAGAAAGUGGCGAAUCCUUCGGGCGGGCUUUUGAAAACCCAGAAAGUUUCUCCGACUCUCGCUGGCUUCCUCGGCCAGUCCGAGAUUGCGCGCACUGAAGCCGUCAAGCAAAUAUGGGUGUACAUCAAGCUGAAUAACCUCCAGAACCCAACUGAUAAGAGGCAGAUCAUUUGUGAUGCAAAGCUGAAGGCUAUAUUUGGUGGAAGAGAAAAAGUGGGAAUGCUUGAGAUUCCAAAAUUUCUAUCCAUUCAUUUUGUGAAAUCUGGUUAACCUAAGCUUUCUGUGCAUGCUAUUCUUAGCUGUUCUAAUACCUCUCUUCCAAAUCCUUGACGGUGUCUUGUGAUGUCUUGUUAGGUUUCGUGAUGUCUUGUUAGGUUUUGUUUGGCUGUCCUAUGACACCACCUUCACUUUUUGGUUUUACUCUGAUUUAGGGAGAGGGUGUUUCUUGUUUAGAAAUUGUUGACCAUUAGUGUUUUAUAAUUAAUUAAUGUAUCUUUUCUGUCUAAAUUUUACCUUUUUCAGGAUUCGUAGUUUUUCUAAUCUAAAUUUGUAGACUUGGGAAAGUAUUAUAUUCGCUUUGAGAAUUUGAUUUGGAUUCUCUUGAAGCUCAA